GGCAAGGGCGGCUACCCCCAGCAAGCCAACAAGAAGUUCACGGAGUAUGCUCGCCAGAGGCUGCUUGGACAAGACGGGCGCUUCGAGAAGGACCCCUCCUACACCAUGUGGCUGCUAGAAGAGCACAUGAAGAAACGCCUCUCCGGGAACGUCAAUGUCCGAGUGAAAAACCAAGAGCUACCACAGAUGGGCAAUCGGUAUGAAGCCUUCAACCGCAACGUUUUCUCGGCCUUGAGGGACCUGCCGGGCACAUUGCCUUACCUCUACUCCAAGAAAGGGGUAGCCAUGAGCGUGUAUGAUCAGCUCGGAAAGCCUCAAUUCUUCUUGACUUUGAUGUGCCAUUGCAGGCAGCCCAACAUCUUGACGGCCGUGGUGAUCGCCAAGCUCCUCCGGGAUCACGCCUUUGCAGCUGGUGGGGAAGAAGUGGAAGAGCAGGCGGCCAAAAUCGUGCACCAGUACAUGAUCAACGAAAACCACACAUGGGAUGGCAUGACCGCAAACCAGCUCUGCAAUUCCAUGCCGGCCAUCGUUGCACGGCAGUUCACGCAUGGCCUCAGGAUGGCGAUGGCCGCGGGAGAUGACGACGCAGAGCCGGUGGAUUGGUCGGAUGACGAGGCGAGGGAGAACUCCAUUCCAACUUGCGCAGAGGACCUCAGUGACAAAUACAUCCGCACCAAGUCGGCCUACCGCUGGAAGAAUGAUGACUCCAAGGUCCCAGAGAAGAGGCGUAAAGUCAACGCAAAGCUGGCUACUUUCAUGGAGCACAAGUGCGGGCCUUACUGCGGAAAGUACACCCCGGGUAGCUGCCGCUUUGGGUUUCCAAGGGCUGCAGAAGAGCAGAGCAGGUGGCGCGCGCCACAGGAGCAAUUCAACAGCCGAUGGAAGUCCAGCCUGGCAGCCCGGCGGCACCAAGAUGAUGGCAUGGUGGGGCAGUACAAUGAGGCCAUCCUUCGCUUUUGGCGGGCCAGCAUGGACUUGCAAGUUAUCUGUGAGCUGACGUGUGCCAGCAAGUACAUCCUUGGCUAUGCUUUCAAGUCAGAAGAAGACCUUGCGGCAAAGAAGCGCAUCGAUGCCACCAUGGAGGGCUUCCUCCAGGAUUUGGGCCGGGUGGACUUGACCACGAACGAGGUGUACAGAGCAGCCCAUGCAGCAACACAAGGGCGCACCACCUCCACCUUUGAGGCGGCUCACUACAUCCUGGGCUUUCCCACAGUCUUCUUCUCCAGGGACAAUGAGUAG